AGUGGCGGUGUGGCUAACCGUGUGUGUGUGUGUGUGUGUGUGUGUGUGUGUGUGUGUGUGUGUGUGUGUGUGUGUGUGUGUUGAAAAGCUCUGAGAGAACAGAGCUGCAAUUCAGUCAGCAGCAGACUUCAGGUUGCACAGUCUCCACUGCGCACCAUGCCUUCUCCGGUCCCUGUCACCCGCCUGUUACCCAAAGACCUGUACCCCUCUGUGGACAUCGGGACCUGCAGCAGCCCGCUGACCAAACACUCCCACGGCUCCGCCACCUUACAAGUCCCGGUACAGCGGCUCCACGGCAGAGUCGCCAGUCGGCUCUGGUCCUCUGUGAUCCACUGGAAGGAGCUGCGCUCCAUGCAGCCUGUGGGCUCCGGAGGCUUCGGCUCCGUCUACAAGGCGGAGUACCUCGGGAGCACCGUCGCGCUGAAGAAGGUCAAGAAGUGCACAAAGAACAAGCUGGCGUCCCGGCAGAGCUUCUGGGCCGAGCUGAACGCCGCACACCUGCGCCACAGGAACAUCGUGCGCGUCAUCGCGGCGACCACCUGCGUACCGGCGAGUUUUGGAGAUGAAAGCAGCAUCGGGACGAUACUGAUGGAGUUCGUGGGGAGCAGAAAUCUGCAGCAGAUCAUUUACGGACGUGCAGAGCCGCUGGGGGAGGACCGGUGGCUCAGGUACUCCACAGACAUUGUACACGGCCUGCGGUUCCUCCACUCCCACAGCGUUGUGCAUCUGGACAUAAAACCAGCCAACGUGCUGGUGUCCAGUGAGGACGUCUGCAAAAUUGCCGACUUUGGCUGUUCUUUGAAACUGGACCACGGGAGUGAAAUGAGCCCGAUCAGCCCACAUCUCAGCCACGUAGGCGGCACGUACACGCACCGAGCCCCGGAGCUGCUGAAAGGCGAGGGGGUGUCUCCUAAAGCGGACAUCUUCUCUUUCGGGAUCACGCUGUGGCAGCUGAUCAGCAGAGAGCAGCCCUACACCGGGGACAGGCAGCACGUGCUCUACGCGGUGGUGGCGCACAACCUGCGGCCGUGCGUGCAGAACCUCCCGGUGUUUGAGUCCGAGCAAGGUCGUCUGUGUAGGACUCUGUUGAGCCGGUGCUGGAGCGGAGAGGGCCGCUGCAGACCCAGUGCCGAGGAGCUGCUGCCUCAGCUGGAGCAGCUGCGCUCGCAGACCUGACUCUGUUGGUGCACAGAUGUACUGUGGGUCUCACAAUGGAUAUGUUUUAGAACAUUUUACUAGGUCCUCUCCGGUAGUGUCAGCUUCAGGAGCAGUAGAUCUCAUGCUCACAUUCAUGCCAAAUCCCAUUUUAAAAAGAGCACCUUCUUGAAGAAGUGCCUUCUUGUGUAUUGGCGGAAAUUAAAAUGGUUGCACUAUAUAAUGAUGCACAACUCUCUGCAAAGCACGUCCUGUGACAAAAACAGCCGUGAAAUAGUAUUGUAAAGAGUAUUGGUAAUUAUGUGCCUAAUUGAAGUGGCUUCCAAUGAACUAAGACACUUAAUUGUGUCUAUUUAAAGCUGCAGUAGGUAACUUUUAUAAAAAUAACUUUGUCAUAUUUGUUGAAACUUUCUCUAUAUCCUGACAGUAGUACGUGAGACAGAUAAUAUGAGAAAGAAUCAGGGUUCUCUGGCUCCUCCUAGUGCUCCUAAUAAUAGCAUUUGCAAGAAUCCACCGGGCCUGAACGAAAAACAACCAAUCAGAGCCCAUUAAGACAGAAAGACGCUUUGGGUCAGUGGCUUCAAGAUAGUUGAUUAAAUCUCAUUCCCACGACCAGUGUCUGUAUGUCGUUUUCCUUCAGGUGGAUUCUUAGAAAUGCCAUUAGGAGCACUAGGAGGAGCCAGAGGAACCAGAUAUUUUUCACAGAUUAACUCUCUCAUGUACUACUGUCAGGAUAUAGAGAGUUUCAGCAAAUAUGAUAUAUUCUCACUUUAAGUUUUAAUGUUUGACCUUGAAUGAAAACAAAUGAGACCAUCUACCAACAGGCUGAUGUAUUUGCACUUUUUUCAUAUGCCAAUAUAACAAACUUUGUGUCAAGGAGAUCUUUUGAAACUUUGGAUAAUUGUUUGGAUAAAUGUCAUUAUUUUAGCCCAUUGACAGACAUUUUAAAACCCCAUUCUAUAUCCACUGUUUGAGUUGUACAAUUUGCCAGCACAAUAUAUUACUGCUCCCUCCUAACUUGUUUUAGUGAUUUGUCUUAAUUGUGUUGUGAAUUGAGUUUUAUUUGCCAUGAUGAGAUUGUAAUGAGAUUUAAGUGUGAUGGGUUUUCAUUAAAAUUAUUUUUAUAUUGUG